AGGACAUACAGCCAACAUGACACAACUGUGGGAAGCACUGGAGUCAAUGUUGGCCAGCAUCCCUGUGGAACGCUUUCGACACCUUGUAGAGAUCAUAACCCAACGAAUUGAGGCUGGUCUGGGGGCAAAAUGGGUGGAGUGUGCAACUCAAUAAAAGGAAGGUGUUCUUAAUGUUUUGUACACUCAGUAGCCUACUUAUAAAUAUAAAUCCAUUUAAAAGAGGUUCUUAGUUUUAUGACAUUCUCUUUGUGAAUCCAUAACCAUGUAUUGUGACCACAAGCACUUGCACACCUGCAUCUCCCAUCUCACCUGCACUUCUUGCAUAAGUCAGUUAGGCUAAAGCUUACAUUUUCAGUGUGAUAGCUGAUCCUAUGCAGAUGCUCUUCUCAGAUAACCGCAUGUCACUCCUAUCCAAUCAGACAACGUGGUGCAGUGUGUGUGGAGGGGUGGGGUGGGGGAGGGCUUUUCGUCACUGAACCUGAUCUGCCUCGGAAAGACCAGAAGCGGAGAGAGGAGAGAGAGAAGAGAAAGAGAGAGAACUGGGUGGGGCAUAUACGUUUACUGCUCACCCAGCAAGGCUUACUCUAUCUCUCCCUCUGUCAUCUAUCUCUCUCUGUAUCCUUCGCUCUCUGCCUCUCUUUCCCUAUUUUAAUUUCCCCUAUAUAUCUCCCUGUCUACCACACCUCUUGGCGACUUCAUGUGGAGAGUGUGUAUAGUAUAGGUAUCGUCGUGCUGUAGUUAGGGUUAAGGGUGUCGAGGCCCCGUGGCGUGAUGACAGACUACCAGGAGCUCCUACAGACCAUCCGGGAUCUGCAGCCCUCCAGACUUGGCUACAUCGAGAUCCUUCAAGAGGAGGUAAAGAGGAACCAGGAUAGGCCUCUGGAGAGGACUAAGCUUGAGGAGGAAAGCGAGGAUGGCACAGGCAGGCCACCGUCCACAGCACAGCCGCCUUGUGGAAACACCAACCUAUCGACAGUGCCCUACUCUAUCCCCCGGGCCCUGACUGUCUCUCCUAGCCUAGGAGGGCUCCCUAUCACACCCGAGUUAGCUGGGAACCUCAGGAAGAUUUUGUUCGGCAAUACUUUUUACGUCUUCAACUAUGAGUGGAAGAAGUCCUUCUUCAAAUUCAGGGAGCCCUACUCCAACCUAUCCUAUGCCCUGGAGGCCGAAAGAGGAGGAUCCCGUGCCAUUCAAAUGGUGGUCCAAGCGAACAUUAUCAAAUACUUGCUCUUCACCCGCCAGACCAACUCAGACUGUUGCAGACUGCAAAGUCUGAGUGAGGUGGGUGAGAAGGAGCAGGAGAGGGCCCUGGCCGUCGCUCUGACUGACAUUCUGUGGGCAGCUGGUGAGGAAAGGAGCGCCACCAUCUCCUUAGUGACAUCAGACUACUGUUUCACCCCCCACCUGGACUACAAACUGGACAACUUCACUGAGAGACUACAGCUUUUUAGUUUCAACAGGAAAGAGGAUGUCAAGAAAUUUGUCCAUGAGCACAUCCAGUGUUUUGAAGAUGAGGGGAGUCAUGGAGUCAUCUUGUUUCUCUACAGCUUAAUCUUUUCAAGGACUAUCACCAGGUUGAGGGAGGAUCUUGACUGUACCACCUCCCACUUGCUUCAUUUGAGCCUUGGCAACUUUGUGUGUCGUCAGGCACUAAUGAAUCUUCUGCUAACUGGCCGAGCCAGUCCCAAUGUAUUCAAUGGAACUCUGCAGUGUGGUGACGACGGGAGCCCUCUGGAGAAGCCGCUUCACGGGGUCCUGGCUCGCAGUGCCGUAGGCUACCUGCACUGGAGCCGCGAGCUGCUGGAACGUACAAAGCUGCCCAUGGUUGGAAGCAUGCUGAAAACACCAAAGUUGCCCAUUUGGGUGUGCAGUAUCAAUGGCACCUACAGCGUCCUCUUCAGUCCCAACCGCUCCCUGCUCUCUGACUGGAAGAUGGAGCACCUGUUCCACAUGUACUUCUACAAUGGCCAGCCAUCGCAACAAAGCACAGCCCUGCUGACCAUUGACACUCACUCCCACCACUGGGAGGUAGGGAUCAAGGACACCCAGGGAGACCCAGAGAAGAGGUUUCCCUCUGUAGAGAUGGCCAUUAGGACCAAAUGGGAGGGAGCUGCCAUCGACUGGAACGGAACCAUGCCUUUUUUCUGACCAGGGAGGAUACUUGAUGAUCGCAAUGUUCUGGAUUCCUAAUCAUUUUUGUCACGCAUCCAUUUGUCUGGUUUAAAGGUGCCCUUAUGCUACCAACCACAAAAAGUGUGUUUGCAACUUUUACCGCUUAGGCCAGGAUUCAAUCCCAUCAUGCUUUGCGGAAAUGCACCAUUUAACGGCUAUAUUCCUGCGUUCACAGUAAACACCGCAUAUACAGUAUGUCAGCUCAAUCGGAAACGACCUUUAAAUGGAGCAUUAUCGAUAAAACGCGAUCGGAUCCCGGUCAAAGAAAGAUAAGAGGUCAAUGUAAAGAAUUUCUUACUGUGUAAUAUUUGUCAGGCAUUCUAUUGUACUUUUUUAUAAGAUGUUCUGUAAAAUAGGCCUAUACUUUAAUGUUGUUGAGCCAUCAUAGGAUACCCACGUUAUUCAAAAAACAAUACCUGCAGAAUUACAUUUAUUGACAGUUUGAGAAGCUGUUUAAUUGAGUGAGUAUAUUUACAUGUCUUUUCAAUACAGCAUAACUAUUUCUAGUAUUUGUGGCGCAGCCUACAUUUGUCAGUUUUGGCUGUAUUUUCUUGGUGUCAUCGUUAGCCUAAUAUUUUGAUAAGAAACUUGGGUUAGUAGGCUUAUUUGAAAAUUGUGAUUUAAAAAAAAAAUAUAUAUAUAUAUAUAUAUAUAUAUAUGCCUAUUAUAGCCCCAAACAUUUCCAGGCAUAUAUGAAAUUUGAUUUUGCGGUCAUUGUAAUCUAUAGGGAUUUUACAGUGCCUUCGGAAUGUAUUCAAACCCCUUGACCUUUUCCAUAAUUUGUUACCUUACAGGCUUACCCUAAAAUGUAGUGUUUUUUUCCUCAUCUACACACAAUACCCCAUAA